AGCGCCGACAACAACUCAUCUCCGCGUCACUUAAUUUAUCUCACACCAGUCUGACCUUCUUCCCUUGUUUCUCGAUGUUAGCCCAGACGGCACAAAUAAAAGAUUCACGAUGUCGCUUCCAACAAAACGGAAAUCGAGCUUCACCCAGAUGGGUCGGCCGUCCAAAGCCCCCAGGUCCUCGUCAACACCAAUCGAGCCAAGCGAACCCCACGAACCUCUACUUAUCCACCGUACUAUGUGCAACUUAAAGAAGAGUCACUAUGAUCAUCCCCGUCUCGCAGAUUACCAUGACGCCCCUCGCCUUUUCCUUGGGGAUAGCCGUGCGAGCAACCUGCGAGGAGAGGAUUCAAUGGAAGAUACAGAGAAAUACAUGGAGGAACACAAAGAUGCCGGCUUCAUAUGGAUCAAGAACUACAGCUGUAAUGCUUAUCAUGAUUUUAUUGGAGACAUGUUUAUACCUCUGCGCCCACCGCGCCACCCGAUGAAUGAGAACAUCGCGCGCCAUUUCUUCGUGCUCGAAGCUCACGGUGAUGAGGCUCAGCCUGACUCGGAGGAAAUUGUUAUUGUUGCUGAAGAUCUUCAGGAUAAGAUGGAGGACCUGAUAAAGAUUCCGACCCAAAGUAUUUCCACCUCGAGUGAUACAGGGGAAACGAAAACAGCAAUUGAUCGCUUAUACGUCCAUCUGCGCCAGCACCAUAACCCUGCGGGUGAAAUUGACGAUCAGUUGGAAUGUCUGCUGUCAGUCGUGGAGACGGUAUUCGCGAAUGACUACGAGGAGGCCGACGGGUCCUUUUCGCGGGGUACCGUAACCAAAGGACAUCUCGCUAAGCUGUUUAGACCAAAUGAGAUAAUUGUGACGAGCAGGGGAGGUCAUCCUCGCGCAUAUCUGCUGAAUGACUGGCCAGGUUGGUUUGGUAACGUCCUGAGUCUUCCUUGCGUGACCUGGUCCUUCGAUGGUCAAUUCUUUCAAGAGGUUGAACGAAUUGACCUCAAGUGGACGUUCGGAGAUGAGGAAGAGGUGCCUAUAACCGACCUCGCCGUACAUCCACUUCGUUUUGACAAGGCUACGGAGGCACGCUUGAUCAAGCGAGGGCAAAGAUUUUGGCAAUGCCGGGAGAGUCGAUUCAUAUCCUAUGCUCCUUCCUCGCCAACUAUCGCUAUUGCAACGGUACACAUAAUGAUAUUUUCUGGCUAUUGGUCUAUAUAUGCUGACAACCAACCGCUAGUCUCAUACUCGUUACAUGCUAGAUGCGAAAACCUACGACCAUGUACAUAUCGGGGCAAUCGAUAAAUCCAGCCGGGUAUACCUCUCGAAAGGCGAACAUGAUCGGGGCCACCCUCCUAAUGAGAUAUUCCAACUUCUCCUUCCACCUACUAUCCCAGGAUUCGGCUUUCACGACAAGAAAUGGAUAUCAGUGUCGGUAGAGGAUAUUCGGGAAAUACAAUGGAAUGAGGAAGCGUUCAAUCAUCUGGUACUGAAGAGUACCAAAAAGGAAUUGAUCAAAGCACUUGUAGCCAAGCACACAGCUGCCAAUGACCCAAAUGAUGUGAUAGAAGGCAAAGGAAAUGGGCUAAUUCUCCUUCUCCAUGGCGGUCCUGGUACAGGAAAAACACUUACCGCUGAAUCAGUGGCAGAGCUAACCUGCAAGCCACUGUACCGAGUCACUUGCGGGGAUAUCGGCACAAAUGCUGAGGAGGUAGAGCGGUAUCUUGAAUCGGUUC